AAGCGUCCACAGGCGGCGGAGCGGCCACAAUCACAGCUCCGGGCAUUGGGGGAGCCCGAGCCGGCUGCGCCGGGGGAAUCCGUGCGGGCGCCGUGCGUCCCGGUCCCAUCCUCGCCGCGCUCCCGCACCCCUGAAGUUUUGCAGCGCCCAGAAAGGAGGCGAGGGAGGAGGGAGCCUGAGAGGAGAGGGGGGCAAAUAGCACACCCUAAAACAUUUAUUUCAAGGAGGAAAGAAAAAGGGGGGCGCAAAAAUGGCUGGGGCAAUUAUAGAAAACAUGAGCACCAAGAAGCUGUGCAUUGUUGGUGGGAUUCUGCUCGUGUUCCAAAUCAUCGCCUUUCUGGUGGGAGGCUUGAUUGCUCCAGGGCCCACGACGGCAGUGUCCUACAUGUCAGUGAAAUGUGUGGAUGUCCGUAAAAACCAUCACAAGACAAAAUGGUUAAUGCCUUGGGGACCCAACCAAUGCGACAAGAUCCGAGACAUCGAGGAAGCAAUUCCAAGGGAAAUUGAAGCCAAUGACAUUGUGUUUUCUGUCCACAUUCCCCUUCCCUCCAUGGAGAUGAGUCCUUGGUUCCAAUUCAUGCUGUUUAUCCUGCAGCUGGACAUUGCAUUCAAGCUGAACAACCAAAUCAGAGAAAAUGCAGAAGUUUCCAUGGAUGUUUCCCUGGCUUACCGUGAUGAUAUGUUUGCUGAAUGGACUGAAAUGGCCCACGAGAGAGUGCCCCGGAAACUCAAAUGUACCUUCACAUCCCCCAAGACCCCAGAGUAUGAGGGUCGUUACUAUGAAUGUGAUGUCCUUCCUUUUAUGGAAAUCGGGUCUGUAGCUCAUAAGUACUACCUUCUGAACAUCCGGCUGCCUGUGAAUGAGAAGAAGAAAAUCAAUGUUGGAAUUGGGGAAAUAAAGGAUAUUCAGUUGGUGGGAAUCCAUCAAAAUGGAGGCUUCACCAAGGUGUGGUUUGCAAUGAAGACCUUCCUUACGCCCAGCAUCUUCAUCAUUAUGGUGUGGUAUUGGAGGAGGAUCACUAUGAUGUCCCGACCCCCAGUGCUUCUAGAAAAAGUUAUCUUUGCCCUUGGGAUUUCCAUGACUUUUAUCAACAUCCCGGUGGAGUGGUUUUCCAUUGGAUUUGACUGGACCUGGAUGCUGCUGUUUGGUGACAUCCGACAGGGCAUCUUCUAUGCGAUGCUUCUCUCCUUCUGGAUCAUCUUCUGUGGCGAGCACAUGAUGAAAGUAAACACACAAAUGUCAACAAUUACCACCAUUUCCUCUGCUUUGGCUUCAGCUCUUCUUGUCCCCAGGACCAAGGAUCAGCAUGAGCGGAAUCACAUAGCAGGGUAUUGGAAGCAAGUUGGACCAAUUGCUGUUGGCUCUUUCUGCCUCUUCAUAUUUGAUAUGUGUGAGAGAGGGGUACAACUCACGAAUCCCUUCUACAGUAUCUGGACUACAGAUGUUGGAACAGAGCUGGCUAUGGCCUUCAUCAUUGUGGCUGGCAUCUGCCUCUGCCUCUACUUCCUGUUUCUGUGCUUCAUGGUGUUUCAGGUGUUUCGGAACAUCAGUGGGAAGCAGUCCAGCCUGCCAGCCAUGAGCAAAGUCCGGCGGCUGCACUAUGAGGGGCUGAUUUUCAGGUUCAAGUUCCUCAUGCUGAUAACCUUGGCCUGUGCUGCUAUGACUGUCAUUUUCUUCAUCGUUAGUCAGGUGACUGAAGGCCACUGGAAGUGGGGCGGCGUCACAGUCCAAGUGAACAGUGCCUUUUUCACAGGCAUCUAUGGAAUGUGGAACCUGUAUGUCUUUGCUCUGAUGUUCCUAUAUGCACCAUCCCAUAAGAACUACGGGGAAGACCAGUCCAAUGGUGAUCUGGGUGUCCACAGUGGGGAAGAACUCCAGCUCACCACCACCAUCACCCAUGUGGACGGACCCACCGAGAUCUACAAGCUGACCCGCAAAGAGGCCCAGGAGUGACAGGCUGCAGCACCUGGCUGGGACUGUCCCCCACAUCCCAGCCCCUCUAACUAGAGCGGGGAGUGUGCCAGAGAGAGCUCAGGUGCAAAGGAAUGCUUGAGGCUCUUAGCUGGGGUUUCUUCUUGGAUCCGCGGCAUGGACGUUUGUCAGCUUGCCUUCUGACUGUAGCUCUCACAGGAGGAUUCCUGCAGCCACUAAUGCAUUGUGUAUAACAAAACCUCUAAUAUGACACAUUUUCUGUGAUCAUUGUUAAUUAGUGACAUAGUAACAUCUGUAGCAGGUGGUUAGUAAACCUCAUGUGUUGGGGGUGUUUUCCUUGGGGGAUGGUUUGGGCCAGAUGGGGUCUAUAUGGAGUGGAAUUAUUUGACUCUUUUUCCUGUUUUAGAUUCUAGGAUAGAUUUUAACAUUUUUGCAGCCCAGGAUAGGCUGAUGUCAUAGUCUUCUCAAUCCUAGUCUGUGACCACUUGUGUUUUUUUUUUUUUCUAUUUAUAUCACCAAGUAGCCUAUUGAGUUAAUAUUUAAGUUGUCGAUAGAUAUGUGUCCCUAUUUUUUAUGGCAUAAUAUAAAAUAACUGAAUCUCAUGAGAAGGUCUGUUACACCAGGGGCAUUUCAGCUUUGAAACCAAAUCUGUGUAUCCAAUACUAACCAGUCUGUUGGAUGUGGGUUUUAAAAAAAAUGUUUGCUAAACUACCCAAGUAGGAUUUACUGUAUUAAAUGGCCUUUGGGUCUGAAAAGCUUUUUUAACCUCUUGCUUAAAAUGUGUUUUCUUUUGAUAAGAUGCUUCCAACAGCCUCCAAAAGUGUAGAUCUGAUCAUUUAAAUAAACCUGUACAUGUACGCA